UAGAACUGGCUGCCUCUGCCUCCGGAGAGCAGGGAUUAAAAGUGUCAGCCAUCAUUACCUGGACCUAACUCUUGAAAUAAAAAUGCCUACAUGCUGUAGUUGAAGACAGAGGAGGAAUGAUCAUCAGAUUUUAAUUCAGUUGAAUCCCAGCAGUAGAUUCAAAGAAAGCAUGGGAAGAGAAACCAAAGGAGCCUGGCAUGUGAGGCGGUUAGGUUAUCUCCUGAACUUCGAACUUCCACAUCACAGUAUGAAUUGGUUCGAAGAUAAGAAAUAGAAUAAAUUCUCUCUAGUGGACAGGACUGGACCUCUGCUUUCCUAGAGACACACACAGCUGAGAUCAUGGCAUUCGACGGCACGUGGAAAGUAGACCGGAACGAGAACUAUGAAAAGUUCAUGGAGAAAAUGGGCAUUAAUGUGAUGAAGAGGAAGCUUGGAGCUCAUGACAAUCUGAAACUGACAAUCACACAGGAGGGAAAUAAAUUCACAGUCAAAGAAUCAAGCAACUUCCGAAGCAUUGAUGUUGUGUUUGAGCUCGGUGUAAACUUUCCCUACAGUCUAGCAGAUGGAACGGAGCUCACUGGGACCUGGACCAUUGAGGGAAAUAAACUUAUUGGAAAAUUCACACGUGUAGACAAUGGAAAGGAGCUGAUUGCCGUCCGAGAGGUUUCUGGUAAUGAACUAAUCCAGACCUACACAUAUGAAGGAGUCGAGGCCAAGCGAUUCUUUAAGAAGGAAUAAGUCAACUUCUCAGAGUCUGGAGCAACGCUGAAGAGCUAAGCUGAUGUCAGAUUUCUUUCUCCAUCAUGCUAAUGCCAGGCUCAUUCGUCAUCUUAUCAGCACUGGUCUCCAGCCUUGUCAAAGCUAAUGAAGUAAAAGCUAAUUAGAACUUCAUUUGCUUUAUGAUCCUUAAGAUAUACAUGAACUAGUCUUUUAAAAGAAAAUAAAUCGUGUUCUCACA